AUGCAGGACCUGGGGAGGUUAGCAGUAAGCAGACACUAGCCGGAGUGGGGACAGGCUCACUCUUUCUCUGUCUGUCUCCCUCGCCUCCCUCUCUGCUCACUCCGUCUUUCACCCAGACAGAUGGAGGGGAAACGCAUUACUUUGCUGACAGAGUUAGUUGGAUUGGGACCCUGUCUUUCUCUUCCAUCUCUCCCAGAUGGUCAACACUUUGGACCACACAAAGAGGAAGAGUUCAAGAGAAAGAGGCUGACUGAGGGAGGGAGCCCGGGUGAUGAUGAGACCGUGCCUGCUUGCCACACGCCGCGGUCGACUCCAAGUCCCAGCCUGGACUGCUGUAGUCCUCUGAGCUGCAGGGACGUCUCUGUUAAAGCCUCUAUGAUGCUAAUAGCUUCCCCAGCUCCACAGCUGAGCUGCUGGGACAGUCUGAAACCCAGCUGGACCAGGACAGAGCAUCCAGGGUGA